GUUCGCGGUUUGCAACGGUGGGCUUUGGCAUUUGUUACAUUUAUCGCUUCCACAAGGACCGCCAUUUCGAACAUGGUCCAGAAUACACAUCGAAAGAAAUUAGACUCUCGUAUUCCCACUCUCAUCCAAAAUAAUGUCCAAAGAAACCAACGCUCAUUCUUUGUUAUGGUUGGAGAUCGAGGGCGAGAUCAAGUCGUAACGCUCCAUUUUUUGUUGAGCAAAGCGAGAGUAUCUGCUCGGCCGAGUGUAUUAUGGUGCUACAAAAAGGAAUUGGGCUUUUCUAGCCACCGCAAAAAGCGCAUGAACCAGAUUAAACGACAGAUUGCAAGAGGAAUUCGAGAGGCGGACGAGGAAGAUCCUUUUGAGCUAUUUGUUUCAUCUACUUCCAUUCGGUAUACCUAUUACAAAGAAACCGAAAAGAUUUUGGGAAACACUUAUGGAAUGUGUGUGCUGCAAGACUUUGAAGCGUUGACGCCAAAUUUGCUUGCGCGAACGGUGGAGACUGUCGAAGGGGGAGGUAUUGUUGUGAUAUUGUUGAAGACGAUGAAGAGUUUGAAGCAAUUGUACAGUAUGACUAUGGACGUGCACGCGCGAUAUCGUACAGAAUCACAUCAAGACACAGUGGCUCGUUUCAACGAACGCUUUAUCCUUUCCCUCGGCGCCUGCGAAACUUGUUUGGUGGUAGAUGAUGAACUUAAUGUCCUCCCCCUCAGUGCCGGCAAGAACGUGAAACCUCUUCCCCGCCUCGAAGAAACCACCCUCACCCCCUUGCAAAAAGAACUCGUAGAGCUUAAAGACUCGCUUAAAGACACACAACCGGUUGGAUCUCUCGUAAACUGUGCCAAGACCGUUGACCAAGCAAAGGCUGUGUUAACCUUUAUAGAAGCUAUAGCAGAUAAAACCUUGAGGUCGACGGUUGCACUAACAGCUGCCCGAGGACGCGGAAAAUCUGCCGCGUUGGGGCUGUCGAUGGCCGCAGCUGUAGCGUACGGAUAUUCCAACAUUUUCAUCACAUCCCCGAGUCCCGAAAACUUGAAAACCCUUUUUGAAUUCAUCUUCAAAGGAUUUGACGCACUGGGUUACGAAGAGCAUUUGGACUACGACAUUGUACAAUCGACCAACCCAGCGUUCCAAAAAGCCGUUGUGAGGGUAAACAUUUUCCGAGAUCAUCGGCAAACCAUUCAGUGGAUUCAACCUUCGGAUUACCAUGUCCUAGCGCAAGCAGAGUUGGUGGUAAUUGAUGAGGCGGCUGCCAUUCCACUACCGCUAGUAAAGAAUCUUUUGGGCCCCUAUUUGGUGUUUAUGGCAUCGACGAUCAAUGGAUAUGAAGGCACUGGCCGGUCCCUGUCUCUCAAGCUCCUUAACCAGCUUCGAGAGCAGAGCCGAGGGUUUACUUCAGCAAAGGGUGAUACCUCUGGGAACGGUAUGGUCGUGGGCCGUGAUGGAAAGGAACGAAAGUCAACUACUGGCAAUGCAGCCAGCACACCUACUGUCAUUGGCAACCGAGUUUUGCGUGAAAUCAAGCUCGACGAGCCUAUCCGGUAUGGUGCCGGCGAUCCUGUAGAGUCUUGGCUGAACCGCUUAUUGUGCCUGGACUGUUGCAAUCCCGACACCAAACAAGUUCGCAUGCCCGCUGGUUGUCCGCACCCCUCAAAGUGCGAGCUCUACUAUGUGAAUCGUGAUACAUUGUUCAGCUUCCACCCCGUUUCGGAAGCCUUCCUCCAGAAAAUGAUGUCCCUCUACGUUGCGAGCCACUACAAAAACACGCCCAACGAUCUUCAGCUUAUGAGCGACGCCCCAGCGCACCAUCUUUUUGUUCUCUUACCACCCGUCGACGAGGCCCGUGCCACCACAUUACCAGAACCGCUCUGCGUUGUUCAAGUGUGUCUGGAAGGCUCUAUCGCCAAAGGGGCAGCGCUCUCAUCGCUGGCCAAAGGUGUUCGCGCCUCUGGCGAUCUCAUCCCGUGGGUUGUGACACAACAAUUCCAAGAUGACGACUUUGCAACCCUCUCGGGAGCCCGCGUGGUUCGCAUUGCAACUCAUCCAGACUACAUUGGGAUGGGAUACGGUGCGCGCGCCACUGCCCUCCUGCAAGACUACUACAACGGCCAGGUUGCUUCACUCUCCGAAAGCGACGAUACAGCAGUUCCAGAGUCCGUCACGCGGGUUACAGACGAUGAUUUAGAAUCCCAUACACUAGCCACGGACGAUAUCCGUGUCCGCGAUCCAGCGACGAUGCCCCCUCUUCUCCUCAAACUGUCCGAACGCCCACCGCGGGAACACCUUCACUGGCUUGGUGUGUCGUAUGGAAUCACGGCACCCCUCCACAAGUUCUGGAAACGAGCCGGAUUUACCCCUGUCUACCUCCGCCAAACACCAAACGACCUCACUGGCGAGCAUACUUGCGUGAUGCUCAAAAAGUUGGACAGAUCAGGAUCUGACGUCAAGAUUUCCAAUGAAGCCUGGUUGGAUGCCUUUGCAUAUGAUUUCCGUAGACGGUUUGUAGAGCUUCUUGGAUUCGGGUUCAGAGAUUUCCCCUCGACUCUCGUUUUGAGCGUCCUAGAAGCUGCGGGGGCAUUCAAAGACCGAGCAUCAGCGACAUCGCCAUACACACCUCCAUUGACCAACAGCCAAGAAGUUUACCGCCAUUUUUCACCAUGGGACCUCAAGCGUCUUGAAUCCUACACGAACAACCUCCUCGACUAUCACGUUAUCAUGGACCUCCUCCCCACCCUCGCGCGAACCUACUUCCUCAGUCUCCUCUCCUCAACAGCGGCAUCUGACGACACAAGACUCAAACUCUCACCCGUCCAAGCAACUCUCCUCGCCGCAACAGGCCUACAACGUAAAUCCAUCACUGACCUCGAGAAAGAGCUGGACCUUCCUUCGUCGCAGUUGUUGGCCCUCUUUGGCAAACUGGUCCGCAAAUCCUACCAAAUUCUUACAUCUGCUGUGGAAAACACUGUCAUCACUGAAAUGGCCCAGCCCACGGAUGCAAAUGACAUGGACGUGGACCACGAAGAAAAGCAGGCUAAUGGAAAAAGAGACAUUACCAACGACGAAGAAUGGGAUCCAACUACCGUGUCGUUGCAACAGGACUUGGAGGAGGGUGAAGAGAGUGUUAUGGAUAGAUUAAAGGAGGAGCAGAGGAGAGUUUUGGACUCGUUGGAUAUGGACAAGUAUGCCAUCCCAGAAACAACCGACCUCGCACUCCCCAAAAAUGCCAAAGCCACAAUUGUCAACGUCCCAUCCUCCAAAAAACGGAAACUGGACCCAGCAACAUCGGUGGCGGCGGAAAUGGCGGCCAAAGUCCGUGGUGACAAGACAGGUGUAGUUGACCCCAAAGGACUGAUGGAAAAGAAAAAGGAUAAAAUCAGAAAAGCUUUGAAAAAGGCCAGAAAGUAGUGUUGUAUAGGCAAAUUCUAGUAUCUUUCAUGUUAAACAAGUAGUAAAAUGAUAGGAUAGGGCUUUUCCAAAGAGCAGAAGUUUACAUUAUAUAUCAUAUUGCACAAGAAAAAAAAAAUGAACGGAGCUGAUGACGCUACUACAACAAA